AUGGCAUCAAACCAACCGGCCACGGCUGUGGUUAAACCACUAUCGAUGAUGAAGGAACUGACUCCCUUCGUAUAUAUCUAUGAACCCGAAUCUAUCGUUACACGACAAACUACCCGAUUGCGAGUCCCGAAGCUCAUCUUCGUUGCAUCGUGGAUGGACGCACAAGACUUACACAUUGCCAAGUAUAUCACGCGUUACCAAGCUAUUUAUCCUACUUCCAGGAUCAUACUGGCCAAGUUUGUCUUCAAGGAAUCCAUGUCUCGAUCCCUUGCACAGAAAACUGUUGAACCUGCUUUCACAUACCUUCUGUCCCAGCUCGAUUCGGGCUUUCUGUCGGCAUCCCCAACUGAACCUGAGAUACUAACGCACGUAUUCUCGAAUGGUGGCUCGACUACUAUGCGGGCGUUAUAUGAACUGUUCCAAUCUCAAACAGGGCGCCCCUUUCCGCUUCAUGCUGCAGUAUACGAUUCGUGUCCCGGGUUAUUUUCAUUUUCUCCUACUUAUAAUGUAAUGAUAAUCAACUUUCCUAAGGGCCUCCUACGGUUGAUCGCGACUCCGUUAGUCAUUGCGUUUGUUACCUGCCUCUGGAUCUUGCAUGCUCUAAGAUUCAUAACUGGCGAGAAUUUCCUUUCGGUAAAUUGGAGGGUUCUCAACAACUUAGACUUGGUCAAGCAGACGAAUCGUUCAUAUAUAUACGGCAAAGCUGAUCUCAUGGUUGAUUGGAGGCAUGUCGAAAUGCAUGCAAGGCAAGCUGUGGCGAAGGGACUAGAGGUACGAAUAGAAGUGUUCGAAUGUAGUCCACACGUAUCGCAUAUGAGAUCAGAUGGCGAACGAUACUGGAGGAUUGUCACGGAAACAUGGGAAAGGACUAUAACAGAGAAAUAG